AUGAGCUUCAAAUUCAAUCACGAUACAUUGUCGUCUCCAUCCACUCCAGAUAAAUCCAAAGGCCAGAGCUUCUGGAGCAAUCUUUCGACUACCCCGGCUGGUCCUCCCCCAUCAAGCACAAACUCGUUCCUCCCGCAUGGACACGACCGAUCCGACGCGCUUGACACGUCACAGCUAGAGCCACGUUCCCAGAUUGACUUUGGCCAAUCGAGCAAUUCGCUGUUCACCAAGUCGGGUGGCUUCAAGACGGGCGACAGCAUCUUCGGCUCAUCGUUUGGGUCCGAAUUUGCACUUCCCAAAACCAGCCGCGCGCCUCCAGCCCGACCGCUUGCGCCUACGCCAUCUCAAGGCCGACUUGGUGGCACAUCUACAGGCCGAGGCGCCUUCGGCAGAUCCGUCACUUUUGAACAACCUGAUGACUUGAAUUCGUCUCAGAUGGAGGAGGACGGAGAAUACGAGGAUGAGGGCGAAGAAUUGGGUCACGAAGCAGAGGGGCUGGGAGAAGAUUACGAGGAGGCCACAGAGGAGGAUCAUCCUGAGGAUGAAUUGGAUCUCAACAAGCGGGAACCAUCCAGCCGACUGAGUUUUCUGGAUUCUAGUUUCGGCAACCCAUUUUCCGCGCCCACGGCUGGCCUAGGCCAGGCGCGCAAGCCAAUCUACUCCAAUCCCACCGAUGCGAAGCGCCCAAAGCUUGACGAAAAAUGGGCGAAUCAGUCGCCAUUGCGCAAGACGAAGUUGUCGCCUAAAAAGGCGUCCGCGAUGCCCUCAAUUAUCCAGAGCAUGGCCUCGAGAACCCGCCUGGCCUCGGUCGACGAACCCGGCGAUAUGAUUUUCAGCACAGAAGAGACCCUAUACCGUAUGUAUGAUGUGUUCAACAACCCGGAAAAUCAACACGUCGACGUUGAUGCCACUCUUGCCCACGCUGUCAGUAGACUCGUCAGCUCGUGGGAAGGCUACGCAGACCGUAGUAGCAUCUCCAGACCAUACGGUGCGAGAACUAGUAUCGGCCCAGGCGAGCAAGCUCCAGCGCUUGUCAAAGCCAGCUUCUUGGCUUCACUUCUGCUGGAAAUCCAUCAUCCUUCCCGUGGCUCCGCUCCGAUUGCGAGCAACUCGAAUCCACUCGCGCACUUGGCCCCCAACGGCAUGGUGAAGGCUAUCCAGCGUGCGAGCGUAGCCACUCCACUUCCUCAGGUCUUGCUUGAUUGGCUGAACGCGAACCACGCGUCGCACGCUAAAGAUCUUCAAGCGCUGAGGCACAUGGAGCCCAAUCCCACUGCUUCGUCGAAUUUCUGGGACAUUGUCAAUGCCGCGGUCCUACGCGGUCGAUUUGCCGAGGCAGCCGAUGUUCUUCGUUCCGCGGACUUUAAUUAUGCUCGAUCUGCUCUGGCGGACGGUUUACCCCAGCCUGGAUAUCGCGGAAUGCAGCUCCAAAAUAUCCAGCGCUGCGUCAACAGAGCCCUCGAAAUUCUCGACUCUUGUCCCGGGUUCCGAGAUGAUGACUGGGAUAUCACAGGUGCGGAUUGGAUCGAUUACCGCAAGGACGUCCUUUUGGCCGUUCAAGAUCUGGAAGACUUUGCCGAGGGCGAGGAACGGGACCAGGCCGAGUUGCCCUUGCAGAAUCAUCGAUUCCAGGCUCUCAAUUUUGGAUUGGGCGAUUUCGGCCAAGGCCCAACACAGAAUCAGAACCAGGUCAGCUUUACGCAAUCUGCUCGUAUGGCAGAGAGUCGUGUGCCCUGGACCAUCUAUCAGAGCUUGCGAUCACUGUACAGAAUUGUUCUUGGCGACACCGCAGCUAUCAAGAACACGUCGCAGGAUUGGGUUGAGGCUACUAUCUGUCUGACUGCAUGGUGGGAUGGCGAGGAUGAAGAUAACAUGUUCCGUGCUAGCGCGUCCAGUCCAGAGUUCCGACGCUCGUAUGGGAUUCGCAAUCAAGCUCGUGGCGUGGACCGCAACAUCCGCGAUGCUUACCUCCGGCGCUUGGAUCUGGCCUUCGGCAGCGCGACAAACGAGCACUCCGACGAUGCCAGUUUCCGGGUGAAUACCCUGAAUAGCUUGGAAGUCGGCCUGGCAUCCGUGUUUGAAGGGAACGUGCAAGGUGUUUUGAGACUCAUCGAGACGUGGUCUCUCUGCAUUACGUCCGCUAUUGCUGAGGUCGCUGAAAUUGGUGGCUGGCUCCAGGACGGUGGCUCACAAAAAGUGACCGGACUGAACGAGAACGAUCUCAUGGUUUUGUCGUAUGGGCAAGGCAGCGCCGCUGCACCCCUGGGACUCACCCGCGAGGAGGCCUUGCGGGACUAUGCGCUUGGAUUAUAUGAACGUGGUUCAGUGGAGAAUGAGAAUCUUACCCGCGAAGGUUGGGAGCUUGCCCUCGAAGUGCUCUCACGAAUGCACGAUUCGGCGAUGAUGAAGAAAGCAGUCUCGGAGAUUGUGGAAAAAUUGCCAUUAGACAACAUUGACCAGCUUGACAAGUUGGUCGUUCUUUGCUCGGAUCUGGGCUUGGAGGAACAGGGUCGAAAGAUUGCCGAGCGCUUUGGUGACCAAACGACCGACACUUCAGAGAACUACGGACUAGCUCUUGUGAGCUAUGCCCGUGCGCACAACCGUCGCAAGGUUCGGGCCGUCGUGGAAUUGCUGAUCUCCUUCAGUCUGGUACAGUCACGGGCGUAUCCCGCCGCGGCCGACUUGGAUGAACAGCUUAGAUCUCUCCUGAAGGAUCCAAAACUGUGUCUGUCGACGAUCGCCUCGGUCAACGAGGAAGCCGCUCGCAUUCUCCAGUUCUACCUCAGUGGUUAUGCCACCCUCCGUCGGUUCUACGAGAUUCGGGACGAGGCUCUGGGACUAGAGGAAGGUCAGCAGCCACGAUUCAAGCCUCUUGCCCGUCGUCGCGCCGCAGCCAAGGCUCUCGCUGCGGUCAUCAGCAGUGCUGCCGACAACAUCUACGGCGGACUGUACGACCCAGACCGUGACUCUGCCGUACAAGUCGACGGAUUGAUGGCACUCCUAGGCGAGGCAUUGGUAUUUGUCAACCAACCCUCGCCCAUUCUUUCGGUCUCUCAGCAAUUUACCAUCUUGUCGGCCAUUGAGGAUCUCGAGACUGUCACUCCGCGAGUAUACGCUCAAUGUGAGGAGUGCUUCCGUUCCACUCUUCUCUCUGCCAAUUCCACUAGCGCCACGGCCUCUCCCCCUUCACCACACGCUCUUCUUAAGAAAUCAGUUUCCGCCCUCUCUGCCUCCACGUUCUCCAUCUUAGGCUCCGACAUUCUCGAAUCCAACCGGACUCGGUCGGCAACUGGCUUCGGGUCAGACUCGGCCAAGGAUUCCGGCGUUCUAGUGCCACGAUCCGGCGACGAGAGCACCGAUUCGUCGCGGGGAUGGGACUGGCGAGUUGGUCUGCCCGAGGAUACUCGCGGUGAGGACGUGCUCCGUAUGCUGCGACUGGGCUUGGCACGUGGUUUGAGCGUUGGUGCCUUGGGUUUUGUGUGA